AUUGGAUUCAGUCAAAACAGGAGCCUCAACUAUUUGGAGGGAAACAAGAGGGAAUGGCAAGUUGGACAAUUAGGUGCAUGGCCUUGAUAAUGGUGAUUGAGGUGCUAAUCCUGGGAGGAAGAAGCCAGGUUUCAGGGCAGGAAGAGUGUGGAAAUUUGGUGGGGUUAGGGGUGUUGUUCGGAUGCCAGAAUUUCAUAGAGAAAGAGAAGCCAAAAGUUGCACCAUCGGCUGACUGCUGCAAGGCUCUGAAGUCCAUUGGGAUGGAGUGCACAUGCAAGCUUAUCACCAAGGAAAUUGAGCAAAUCAUCAGCAUGGAGAAGCUGGUUUAUGUUGCAGGAGCAUGUGGCCAACCAAUCCCUCAGGGGACUUAUUGUGGAAGUUAUAAAGUUCCAGCAACGCCAUAAUUUUCUGAUAUGCAAGAAAGGCCUGCUGCUUAUUGCUGAACUUUCAAAGAG